AUGUCCAUUGGUCUUGGCUCUCCAACGAUGACCUCUCUGCCUCCUGCAAACACAUGUGUCGGCACCACUCAUGAUACUGGCUCUUCAGACGCGAUACUCCCUAUGCCUGAACUCGCUAGGCAGGACACGAACUCCUCUACCGGAAGUGCACUCAGGCCACCCAAUGGAAAUUGGGCAUUCGAAAUCAGUGGAGUAUGCCCAAGUUGCCAUCAUUACCACAAAUCGCUCCGGGUACACGUCAGAAUCUCGAAUGAUUUUACCCAUGUUCGCGAUGUCUACUGCAAAAGGUGCAACCGCUUGUUGUUGUCUUCUGGAAACGCCAACGCCACACGACUAUCCCUUCUGUCUACCAUGAGUCUAGAGCCAGAUCCCAUCGAAAAUGAGUUCCGUGCCACUUUGAUCCAUAUGAUACGAGCUUCUACUCCAAUCGCGACGCUCUCUCCUGUCCUCACAGUCAUUCCAGAAGUGACAUCGGCCGGUCCAUCACGGGAGACUUCUAUCCGCUCCAGGUCCGGCAGAAGUUCCCGAAUGCCUACAACGACCUUUGACGACAAUACCUUGCAGACAACAGUUCAUAGUAUUGGUCGAUACAAGCACAAGAAGAACCCUUUAGCCGAGGGUCGGCAGAUGCUUUCCGAUAUUAAGCAAAAAGUCAGCACGAGAUUCUUCGAGUCGCGAAAUAUCCCCUUCAACCUGGGCAAAUGGUUUUCGAGGAAGGAGAGCUCAAAGUACGAAAGUCAUCAUAAGGAUCUGGCAUGCGCGCCGAUCAGCGCUUCUCCUACAAUUGAAAUAGCACCAUCCUCUCGUGAGGAACAUGCGGAAUCACCAGAGGAGAUCGACACCAACUUUGAUUUAGCUACGCUUGAUGUAUGCACCUCGUCAGUCACUGCUGCGGAUGCACUGGCUUCACUGAAAACCUUGGACCCUCAAGCCCUACGGGCUUUGCAUCCCCAGAAGCGAAUUUCAUGGGGCCGUAAGCAACUCACCGAUUUCAAAACUCGCUUCUCUGGUGUUACGGCUCAUAUAGCUCCUCCUGGAAUGACCGAUAGCGACGGUGCCCCAUCCCCUCGACGCCAUUCUAUCCUGGCAUAUAUAGGGGGCGAAUUAUACCCCUACGAGGAUUACGAUUUUCAUAGGGCAAGUGAUCAUACACUCAACGGUCGUCCGCUAAGCAUGAGUGAAACGCAUAUUUCGGAAGCUGAUACCCUUGUUGACGGUGCGAGCAUCUCCUCUGUACCGCGUCAUAUCCUCGCCGAGACCCUACACCGGGAUCAUCGCAGGUCAUUGCCACCCCGCCCUCUUUCCAUUGACAACGUUGUUCAUGACUGGUCACAAAUUCAGCGAAACAGAGCCGAGGCCCGGAGAUCCAUUGACUCGACCGCAACCGGAGGUGCUGUUCGAAGCAUUGCUGCACGAAGCCAUGCUUACAAUCACCUAUCCCGCAAUUCAAUCAACCGUGCAUCCUCUUUCUACGGUACGGAGCCAACUACUUCACGAGAUCAACUUCAAAUCGGUGAAGAAGCCGAGCAUGCUGGUGCUGGCACUAGUGCAUCACAGCGCCCACGAUCACUUUCCCCAUCAUCACCGAAACUCGAAACUGGCAUAACGUCACAACACGAAUAA